AUGAUGCUCCACCGCCGCCGCGUCUCCCUCGAAAUCGCCACAGACCGGACAAGUCACCACGUCGGAUGUCGCAUGAUGCGCCGUCUCCUCUGCCUGGAUGUCGAGAGCUGCAGCGGGUCUGCCCCGUCCGCCGUUUUUCUGCUUCGCUGGGCGGAUGUAGGCCUCGAGUCCGACUUGCGACGAUGGGCGGUCGGCCUCUGCUUCUUGCCGGCGACCUUGUCCGCGCCGCGGCGGACGACUGUCUCCGAAGCCCGCUGA